AUGGCCGCAAACGCCCCCUUCCCCGCCGCAGACCACCCGAUGAUGAAACCACCCUUCAGACGAAAGAAACCGAUGCAAGUCCUCGCUCUAGGAAUGUCUCGAACAGGAACCUUAUCCCUCUACACUGCGCUCAACGAACUCGGAUACAACUGCUAUCAUAUGACCGAAUGCUGUCUGGACUUCCGCAACGACUCGCUUCUAUACUGGAAUAAGGCCAUCGAUGUGAAGCGCCGUGGAUAUGGGAGGGAAUUGAAGAGGAGGCAUUUUGACUUGAUGCUUUGGCGAUAUGAUGCCGUCACCGACUUCCCAUGUACUCUCUUCGUCGAAGAGCUCAUGGACGUAUACCCCGACGCAAAGAUAAUCCUGACAACGCGCGAUCUAGAAAGCUGGGUCUCAUCCAUGCAGCACAGUCUUUACGCCAUUCUCAGGAUGAAGCGGCUAAAGCUUUUGGCCUUGUUUGACUGGAAAUACACCCGUCCAGUCCUAAAACUCAUCCGCUCCGCACUCACAAUCUGGACCGACGGAGUACCAAAGGACCCAGACCAUCUGAUAGCCGGCUACGUCGCGCACAAGGCACACGUUCGCGGUGCCGCACUGCAACGUAAGAGAGAAGUCUUCGAGUUCUCCGUGAAGGAUGGAUGGAGGCCGCUGUGUGACUUCCUGGGUAAAGAAGUUCCGACGAAACCGUUCCCAAGGGUGAACGAGGGGAGUUUUAUUGCGCAGUAUCUGAAACUGAUGUUUUGGAAAAGGGUUGUGGAGCUGGGGGCGCCGAUUCUGGUGGCGGCUUGCGUGUCUUGGGUUAUGAAUGGGGUGUUUUGGUGGUGGGUUUUGCCUAUGUAG